AAUCAAUUUCUGUUUGACUUAAUGUCCUUUCCAGAAACCCCACUCAACACAAAUCACUUAAGCUUUAAUCAGCGUUCCAUAAACAGUUCAAUGGCACGACUCCAGUAGACUCUGGAUGUUGUGAAAUCUAAGCUUCCCUAUUACAGAGUAGAAACCUCCCCUUUUCUCUGAACUUUGCCUUUUAAACAAAACAGGUGAGAAUUGAGAUUUAUUUGUGUGGAGGAAAUUAAAGCCAUGGCUAUAUUUUCAUUUCUAUCCCCAGUUUUUAUUGCUGUGAUCUGUCUUUUAAUUGUAUUCAUUCUGCAAAAUAAGCGAGGCAAUGAGAAAGUAAAAAAAGGCAAAGAAAAGAUUAACAAAGAAUCACGUCCAUGGGUGGAUGAAGACCUUCAAGACAGCACAGAACUUCCAGCAGAGGAGGAUGGGAAAGAUGAAGGCAUGGAUGAAGAAGACAUCUCGCAUGUUCCCUUUAGCCCACUGCGUUAUGAUCCACAGGAUAUGGUGAAGAGGUCAAAAGAAUUUUAUGAAACGCUUAACCAAAGGAGAUCUGUGAGGUUUAUCAGCAAUGAAACUGUUCCAAGAGAAGUCAUUGACAACAUCAUCAGAGCAGCAGGAACGUCUCCAAGUGGGGCUCACACUGAACCCUGGACAUUUGUUGUUGUCCAAGAUCCAGAGGUAAAGCACAGGAUUCGAGAAAUAAUUGAAGAAGAGGAAGAGAUAAACUACAGAAAAAGAAUGGGGGACAAAUGGGUUACUGAUCUGAAAAGAUUAAGAACAAACUGGGUAAAAGAAUAUCUAGACACAGCUCCCUAUUUGAUCUUAAUCUUUAAACAAGUAUAUGGAAUACUUUCUAGUGACAGAAAGAAGACUCAUUAUUACAAUGAGAUCAGUGUGUCAAUUGCUUGUGGAAUACUCCUGGCAGCCAUUCAGCAUGCAGGUUUAGUGACUGUAACUACUACUCCUUUGAACUGUGGUCCUCGACUCAGGGUACUACUUGAACGCCCGGUAAACGAAAAACUCCUCAUGCUUCUACCUGUCGGCUAUCCAAGCAAGGAUGCCACUGUGCCAGAUUUAAAGCGGAAGCCUUUGGAAGAUAUUAUGGUGGUCAUUUAGAUAAUGAACCCAUCCAGACUUGCCAUGAAGGCAUGAAGUCCAGAUUCAUUUUACAAUUAAUAAAUAAAUACAUCAUUCAUA